AUGGCCUCCGCCGCGUCUCCUGCACCUGAGACAAAUUUUACCCCCUUCGAAAGUCUAAGCUUGUCCCUCGAUGAAGAUAUUGCCCAAGUACGAGCGGAGAUCGAGAAGCUGACCAACCGCCGCAAAUUGUUGACCUCUUCUCUGCUGUCUUCGACCAAGAUACAGAAUCAACUCUCCACAAAGCCAAUCCGUAGGCGAGAGAACAACUCAAACCCAUCACAAUUCGAGUCUGUGUUCCAAAAAUCCUCAUCGAACGUCUACCGUCUGAGUUUCGGCGUAACUUCGUUUCCUUUCCAUGAUCCAAGCCCUGAAAUUCAACCCAAGAACCCGUUGCUCGGCAUCCGCUUUGAUAUAUGCGAUCGCAAUGGUCAUUUUGAUAGCCCGUAUUAUCUGUUCUGCAUAAAAGUCGGCGGAGACGAAGGGCCAUCCACUCGGGAACUUCGUAUACAUCGACACACGAUUCCUGCGCUUGUUCCGCUGGAAGAGUAUGAGAAGCAAUAUUUACCGUUGUCAGAUGAAGGAUAUGGCGGGUCGGAGGAUUCUUUGAUGAGCAUCGAGGAAACUCAGAGGAAGCAGGACCUACACGGCUUAGUUUCGAGAGUGCGGCACGACCUUGUGGCUUGGAGAUCAAGACUAGACGCAAUUGAAUGGGUGAGGGACAAACUUGGAAUUUCUGUCCUGAAGGAUAAACGUCGAGGCCCUGGUCAAGAAGUCGAACAUGGAAAUGACGGAGACACUUCCUUAUUGGACAUUGACGCACCUGCAGGAAACUUUGGUAUUCGAGAGUUCGAAGCGGUUGGCGUUGACGCUCGACAAGUGCGCAUCCUCUGGUCUGAUGACAGUGUUGGCCGCAUCAAAAUUACGGACCAAGGCAAGAUCAAAAAGGCAGCAGUCAUCGGGUUUGACGGUCAUAUCGCCAGUGUUGAACGAGUUCUGACGGAAGGAGAUGCGACUGUAUUCGACCUCCUCGAUAGGCUGCAAGAGAUCCACGCGAGUGCUAGAGAAGGUGGGAUCAGGUGA